UGGCAGAAAUUGAUGCUCAUUUUUAGUUCAACUAAUACUUCUUGGAACUGUAGUUAAAUGUGCUAAUGUUGAAAAGAUUUAGACAUGGCCGUUUGUAAACACCUUUGAAGAUCUAACAAAUGUUGCUGGAUUGUGAUGGAAUUAACGUUCUUUCGAACUACUUAAAAAAAACGUUUAGAACAUAAAAAUGGAAUUUUUACAAUCGUUGAAUUCAAAUUCUUACUUUCAUUCAGAUAAUACAAGGUGCUUGAACAAAAACCUAUACCAGCUGAUUGAAAAUUAUUCUUGAUACAUUUGAGUCAAUGAAAUUUUAUAAUUUAGAGACAUGGCAAUAGAUCAGGCAUCCGAAAAAAGACCACCAAAGCUCACCAAAUUGCGUAUAAUAAAGAAUUUAAUAUUGAUCUCAAUAUCAUUUUUUCUCCUUUUCACUGCAUAUGACGGACUCAGCAUGCUGCAAAGUACGAUGAACAAAAAAGCAGGAGUAGGAGUGGUUUCACAAGCAGUAGGCUACAUUUCAUUUUGCAUCUCCGCUCUAUUACUGCCAAAAUAUGUUAUUAGAAAAAUAGGAUGCAAAUCAUCACUUAUUAUGGCCAUUGGCUUUUACGUGCCAUGCAUAGCAGCGAAUUUCUAUCCAAAGUGGUAUGUUAUGAUACCAACAGGAGUUUUGGCUGGUAUAGGUGCUUCAAUCUUGUGGGGAUCUCAAUGUACAUAUUUCAAUGAAUCAGCUUUUCGAUAUUCUAGACUGAUUGAUGGGGAAUCAAGGAGCAUUAAUCAGUCGCCAGAUAAUGUUUCUAAUCGUACAAGUACAGAGAUUCUUUCCGAAAGAAAUUCUAAGUGUGAAAUCACUGAAGAAAAUUCUAUGAAAGUUGAUGUUUCUAUAGAAGAAAAAUCAAAAGAAACGACUGCAGAAAGUAGUGUGGUGAGAUUUGAGUGCAAAAAUCACGGUUGUGGAAAUGUUGACGAAUUUGUUGUUUCAGAAAUUGAGAAAAAUUGUGUACAAUUCAUUGGAAAAACUGCAGAAAAUAACUUAACACCUAAAGAAGAAAGAAAUUCCGAUGACUUUGAAAGUUUUUCACCGACAGACAUCUCUCAUUCCCCAAUAAAAACUAACAAGAGUGAAACAGGAAUUAAGGCAGAUGAUCGGCCAGAAGGACUGACUGUAUCAAAAGAAGAAGAUAUCAUUAAAAGUGAUGUAAUAGAUGUUAUUGAAUCAACUACUGUACUACCAAAAAGAAAUCCAGAACGCCAACCUAUUUUCCAGAGAGCCAACACACUUGAAUCUGUCACAGGGCUUUUCUUCGGCUGCCAUGGUAUUGCAUUCUACUCUGCACAGAUUUGCAGCAAUGUGAUUUCGUAUUAUGUUUUGAAGGGCGAUAAUGCCCCCGGAAUGAGCCAUUUCGGUGGUUGUUCGUGUGGUGCCCACUUUUGUAAUGACAACAAAUGGUGCAUCAAUGAUGACACUGAAUAUGUAAGCCCAAAGAUUCGGUACCUCUUAAGCGGUAUAUCUGUAGUCAUAGCAUCCAUCGGUGUCUUGUUGGUGUUCUUAUUUGUUGAUCCGUUGAAGAAAGCAAAAGACGAAGAUGAACCAGAAACGAUUUCAUUAAGGCUCGUUUCAGCUACGAUUAGUCAAAACAAAAAGAAAGAGCAAUUGUGUCUGAUUCCCAUAGCCUUUUUUGAAGGUAUGCAACAAGGAUUUUAUACAGCUGAUUUCACGAAGUCCUAUGUUGGAUGCGCUUGGGGAGCAUCUAAUGUUGGUCUAGUGUCCAUGUUUUAUGGUUCAGCCUGUGUCUUUUCUUCCUCAACCACCGGCUUCCUUGUGAAAUAUGUUGGAAGAAAGCCGUUGUUUCUCAUUGCUCAAGUAAUCAGCUUAUCAAUGAUGAUAUUUCUCAUGCUGUGGGAGCCCAAUUCUGAUUCAACUUAUAAAUUUUAUAUUGCUGCUAUAUUUUUUGGAACCCUCACAGGGAUUUACUGGUCUCAACUUCUGGCCUUUCAUGGGUUACUGUUUAAAAAAGACGAAGAAGCAGCCUUCGCAAGCUACUACCUUUGGAGUUCCUUGGGAUGGACUACUUCUUUCCUGUACAGCGACCACCUGUGCACAUAUAUCAAGAUUUACAUUUUAUUGACCGUGUCGCUUAUUGGAACUACUGGAUAUUUAUUCACGGAAAGAUCAUAUCAGUUAAAAAAGAAGCAGGCAGCUGUAGAGACAAUAAAGAAAUCUGAUCAUUCGUAUUUAUAGCAUUGCAGAAGGGUUAAGAAAGAGCCAGGGAAGUUUAGCAUAUAUAGACGACUCAUUAGUUCAUAUUUUUUUUCAUUAUAUUCUUCACGUAUUUAAAUUUUUUGUAGAAAAAAAAUUGAGAAUUGUUUUAAUUUGCAGAGGAAAAAGAAACACUUUAUGUUUAACUUUUGCCUAGUCAAAUGGAUAAUUUUAUUUUGAACUUAAAGUUUUAUUAUGAGCUACAUGUUUCUCAGAAUCAACUUAUUGAUUACUUUAAUACCGUAUAUUUAUUCUUGAAAAGAUGAUAUUGGCUAUAAAAAUAAGUCGUUAAAUGUAAUGCCAACAUAGUAGUCUGUUCAUAUUGUAUUAUUGUAUGUGAAUUUUGAAAUUUAUUUUUCUGAAGCCUUCAUUGAAUAACUAUACAUUUCGAAGACAAAUAAAAGCCUUUAACUUUUCCUUUAAAAGUCAUGUAAGAUGCUUAGUUUUUGCUUGAAUAUGAAUUUAUAUCUUUUAUAAAUAUUGUACCAAUAUUUCAUUAGAAUAAGAUAAAAAAAAAACUGAAAAACGAUGGUUGGAGCAAAUUUCAAGACUUACUUAUUAUGCUUUCGUUUUGCGAUAGGAUGAGUGUCAUUAAUUUCCAAAGAUUUAAAGAAAAAUAAAAUUGUUUGAUGGCUUCUAUACAGAAGAUGAGAAAGAAGAAACGUUUCGACGUUAACUAAAAAAAAGCCUUUUUUUUGUAAUUUCAUUUAUAGUUUUAAUUUUCCAUGUUUGCAGCAUUUUAUUAGAAAAUAUUCUGUGAAAAUAAAAUUUUGCUUAAAGUUUGAAUGACUUGAUAGAUUUAAAAAGUAGUAUGUGACGAAGAGAUAAAAAGGUUUUUAAAACAUACAUGGAUGGGAGUGGCAAUGUGGUCCUGUAAUUCAGAUGCUUUGGAGACUCGGACGGCGUGAGGUUGUUUUGUCUCUGCUUUAAUGUAUUCAACAGGCGAUAUCAUCAAGUACACUGUUAAUAUGGUUGAGGAAGUUCGGGUUCACCAGGUCACACUGAGGAGUCAGAAACAAAACAUUAACAUGCAGGCCUCUUUUUUCCAAAAAGGAUAUUCUAGCAUACCAUUCAAGGGAUGAAUUUUCUUCAAUGACAAUUUUGUAAGGGAAAAAAGAAAUGAUAUGCUUGGAAUGUUGGCUUGAUAUCAAAUUCACUUUCAACGAGAAAAUUGUUUACAGUAUUUAUAAUUUUUGGAACAAAUUCAAUAAUUUCCCUUAUUGGCAGAUAACUCCUUUUUCUCAGUAAGGAAUUAAAUUCUUUUAUGAAAUUACUUCAUCUAGUUUUUAAUGCACACAGCCGAAAUCUGUGAUUUUGCAACAAAUGUACCAAAUUUUACAAAAUAAAAUUUUUAGGAUCAUCACAAAUGUACCACGGAAAAAAGUAGUAAGUACCAUCACGUUGAAAAAUGUCAUACACGGCAAUCUAAAGAUUGAUAAAGUUGGCUUUCAAAACCAGAGAUUACCUAGGAAUUUUAGUCAAAUGAAGACUACUCCAAUUCGUUCAUCAAUUGUCCGUAUUCUUCCACAAUGAAUGGAAACACGUAUACGUAACUACCAGAUAGUAUCUUCCUCUUACACCAUCCGAAUAUAAGAUUUAUUUUGCUAAAAGAUUUUUUAUGCAACUUCAAAAUUAAUCAAAUUUCUCACAAUUCACAUCCAAGUUU